AUGUUGUCGCCCUGCGGUCCCUACGGCGUCUGCUACCCCAGCGAGUCGCCGAUAUGCAAGUGCUUGCAGGGGUUUCACCCCAAGAAUCCCAGGAGCUGGAAUCUAAGGGACGGGACGGACGGCUGCGUGAGGAACACGGCGUUGGACUGCCGGAACGGGACUGACGGGUUCAUCACGCUCAGCAGCGUAAAGAUACCGGAAACGUCGACGUCGUUGGUAGACAGGAGCAUGAGCCUGGAGCAGUGCGAGGCUUUGUGCCGGACGAACUGCUCCUGCAAGGCCUACGCCAGUGCCAACAUCAGUGGAAGUGAGAGCAGCAGCAGGUGCAUCAUAUGGACGACGGAGCUCACCGAUAUCAAAAUGUACGACAGUGGUUCAGGACAAGGUAUCUAUGUCAGGCUGGCGGCUGCCGACCUUGGUGCGUUCGAUCACUCUGGAUCGCAGUCUGCAUGA